CUAGGGUGUCCAGGAAGGAAGCCUGACAGGCAGAGCCUGAAACAAAAGCACAGAAGAAUGAGUAAGAACCUGAGGAAUUUCCCAACAACAAUCCUCCCAUUCUUGGGGUAAGGGCUGUAAGAUUGCGUUGCCAUCAUUUGUCUUGGUUGCCUGUCAUAGACUUGGUGCUUUUUGGUAAAGUUUUUUUUUUCCUGGGAAAAAAAAUGUAGGCCUCAAUUUUUAGUGGUGUCCUUAAACUUCUUAUGGCUGGAGGCAGUAUUGAGUAGCUUGGAUGAAUAAGGUGCCCAGAGUAAACUGCCUGCUACUCAGGUCAGAAGUCAGAAGGUCAGAAGUAAUAUGGUAGGCAAAAACCUGAGAAAAAAAUCCAACCGGGAAGUGGGAAGGAAUUCUCCGGUUGGAACAUUAUUGAAGAUUUAUGUUAAAAACAUCCUAAAGAUUGAUUCUAUACAUCGUUUGACAUGUUUCUACGGACUGUAACGGAACUUUUUGACAUUUCGUCUGCUCCUAGUGAACGCACUUGAUCUGCGUGGUGUAGCAGGGCAGGCCAAGCCCCUGAAUCCUCAGCGCUCCCUCCCUGGGACACCCAUCAGUCACACACUCAAACACUUCCCCAUCAACCUGCGUACAUCCAUGGACGGAAAGUACAAGGAGAUCGCUGAGGAGCUGUUCACUCGUAGCCUGACGGAGAGUGAGAUGCGCACCGCUCCUUAUGAGUUCCCUGAGGACAGCCCCAUCGAGCAGCUGGAGGAGAGACGCCAACGCCUGGAGAGGCAGAUCAGCCAGGACAUCAAGCUUGAGCCAGAGAUCCUGCUCCGCAUCAAACAGGAGUUCAUGAAAAUUGACAGCGCUGCCGACCUAGAGUUUAUGAAUGAGCUGGGUGGUGUGGACAGGACGGAUGAUGGCUGGAUGAAGGAGAGAGUAUUACCGAUGGAGCGAGAGUACCAGCGUGUCUCAAUAUCAGGGGAGGAGAAGUGUGGGGUGCCCUUCACAGACCUGGUGGAUGCAGCUAAAUGUGUGGUAAAGGCCCUGUUCAUCAGGGAGAAGUACAUUGCUCUGUCCAUUCAGAACUUCUGUAAGACCACUGCCCGCGAGCUGGGAGAGCUGGGAGAGAAGCCCCUGGACCUACGCAUCUAUGAGGAAAUCCCUGAGACCCCCGUUGAUGCAGAUGCUCCAGUCCACCCCCCUGUCUCAGAGACUCACCCCUAUGAAAACCAGGACACCAAGAACAUGCCUGCAGACUCAGGGUACAGCUGUAAGAUGGUGGAUGGGGUCAUGCAUGUCUACACCAAGAAGAGCCCCAUGGAGAAGAGUACAGAGUUGGACCUGCCUUACCCAGACCUGAAGGAGUACAUCGCUGACAUGAAUGUCAUGAUGGCUCUCAUCAUUAACGGACCAGUAAAGUCGUUCUGCUACCGCCGGCUGCAAUACCUGAGCUCUAAGUUCCAGAUGCACAUCCUGCUGAAUGAGAUGAAGGAGCUGGCAGCCCAGAAGAAGGUUCCUCACCGCGACUUCUACAACAUCCGCAAGGUGGACACCCACAUCCAUGCCUCAUCUUGUAUGAACCAGAAGCACCUGCUGCGCUUUAUCAAGCGAGCCAUGAAGAAGUACCCUGGGGAGAUAGUCCACAUGGAGCACGGGCGGGGACAGACCCUCAUGGAGGUGUUUGAGACCAUGAACCUGACUGCCUUUGACCUUAGUGUGGACACACUGGACAUGCACGCGGACCGCAACACGUUCCAUCGCUUCGACAAGUUCAAUGCCAAAUACAACCCCAUCGGAGAAUCCAUCCUGAGAGAGAUCUUCAUCAAGACAGACAACCACAUCGAGGGCAAAUACUUUGGCCACAUGAUCAAGGAGGUGAUGGCUGACCUAGAGGAGAGUAAGUACCAGAAUGUGGAGCUGCGUCUGUCCAUCUACGGCCGCUCCCGGGACGAAUGGGACAAGCUGGCCCAGUGGGCCGUCAAACACCAAGUCUACUCUGACAACGUGCGCUGGCUCAUCCAAGUGCCCCGCCUUUUUGAUGUGUACCGCACCAAGAAGCAGCUGGCUAACUUCCAGGAGAUGAUGGAGAACAUCUUCAUGCCUCUGUUUGAGGUCACCAUUAACCCCCGCAGCCACCCUGAACUGCACCUCUUCCUCCAGCAUGUGGUGGGCUUUGACAGUGUGGAUGACGAGUCCAAGCCGGAGCACCACAUCUUCAACAUGGACAGCCCCCUGCCAGCCGACUGGACAGAGGAGGACAACCCUCCCUACUCCUACUACCUCUACUACACCUACGCCAACAUGGCCGUGCUCAACCACCUGCGCAGGAGGCGUGGCUUCCACACGUUUGUGCUGCGCCCUCACUGCGGGGAGGCGGGGCCUGUCCACCACCUGGUGUCGGGUUUCAUGCUUUCAGAGAACAUCUCCCACGGGCUGCUGCUCAGGAAGGCACCAGUGCUGCAGUAUCUGUACUACCUGGCUCAGAUUGGCAUUGCCAUGUCCCCCCUGAGCAACAACAGCCUGUUCCUCAGCUACCACCGUAACCCCCUGCCUGAGUAUCUGUCCAGAGGCCUCAUGGUCUCUCUGUCCACUGACGACCCCCUACAGUUCCACUUCACGAAGGAGCCUCUGAUGGAGGAGUACAGCAUUGCCACACAGGUGUGGAAGCUCAGCUCCUGUGACAUGUGUGAGCUGGCCAGGAACAGCGUCCUUAUGAGCGGCUUCUCCCACAAGGCAAAGAGCUACUGGCUUGGGCCCAAAUACAGCAAAGAGGGCCCGGAGAGCAACGACAUCCGUCGCACCAACGUCCCGGACAUCCGCGUGGCAUACCGCAGUGAGACCCUGCUGGAGGAGCUCAACCUCAUCACCCACGCUGUGCGCACCAAGGAGCUGGACAACAUCGACGAGGAGGACACCCUCUCCAUGGCUCCCAUCGGGGCAGAAGGACGCUAAAUCAACAACUCCUCUCUAUUGCUCCCUGGAUAGGUUUUAUUUCAUAUUGGAGGAGAUUUUCUGAUCUUCGAUCUGUUCCUGGGUCACUUCCUCUGUCACUUGUAUCUCCUGACCCUCCAUACAUUCACACCCCAAGUGAUUUCCUUUGUCAUGUGACCCUGCAUGGGAAGGAAGAUCCCACAGUUUGCCUGUGAUUUAAUGACAUGUUUGUAACCAUCACUGAUAUAUCACACACACACACACUUAUUGCAGUUUUCCUGUCCUAAAAGCUGCUUAUCUUCCAUCACACAGUGAUGCUGCUUUAACCUUAACAUCUAGUGUAAUAUUAUCAUCUAGUGUAAUAUUAACAUCUAGUGUAAUAUUAUCAUCUAGUGUAAUAUUAACAUCUAGUGUAAUAUUAACAUCUAGUGUAAUAUUAUCAUCUAGUGUCACCUUAACAUCUAGUGUAAUAUUAUCAUCUAGUGUAAUAUUAUCAUCUAGUGUAAUAUUAUCAUCUAGUGUAAUAUUAUCAUCCAGUGUAAUAUUAUCAUCUAGUGUAAUAUUAACAUCUAGUGUAAUAUUAACAUCUAGUGUAAUAUUAUCAUCUAGUGUCACCUUAACAUCUAGUGUAAUAUUAUCAUCUAGUGUAAUAUUAUCAUCCAGUGUAAUAUUAUCAUCUAGUGCAAUAUUAACAUCUAGUGUAAUAUUAACAUCUAGUGUAAUAUUAUCAUCUAGACAUCUAGUGUAAUAGUAAUAUCUAGUGUAAUA